AUGCUGCAGCAGCGAAUGGACAAGCUGGAAAGCUUAGUUCGAGAUGGGGAACGAAGAUCUCGUAUGAACAAUAUUGAUAUAAAAGGAGUGCCCGUAACGCAAUCAGAAAACCUGUUCCAGAUUUUCGCCAAACUUGGCGAUCACAUUAAAUGUACUAUACCUAAAGAAAAUAUAAACUACGUAGCUCGGAUUCCCAUGAGACAUGACAAAGUCAAUAAAACUAUAAUCGUGUCGGUGCAUAACAGGUAUCAGAAGGAGGACUUCGUGGCUGCAGCUAAGAAUUUUACUAUUAUUCCAACGGACCUGAAACUUCCCGGGGUAAACAGGAUUUUUAUUAACGAUCAUCUGACUCUGGAGGACAAGCUCUUACUAAAUAAAGCGAAGACAUUGGCUAAGGAGAAAUAUUUUGAAUUUACCUGGGUAAAGGGGUGCAAAAUUUAUGCAAGGAAAAGCCCCACGUCGCACGUUAUAACUAUAAAGUCGGAAGCGGAUCUAAAAAAGUUAGUAUAA